AUGAUCUAUGGACGCAGUUUGUUUCACAUUAUAGCAAGUUUAAUCAUCCUCCAUUCCUCUGGAGCAACCAAGAAAGGAACAGAAAAACAAAUCACCUCGGAAACACAGAAGUCAGUGCAGUGUGGAACUUGGACAAAGCAUGCAGAGGGGGGUGUCUUUACCUCUCCCAAUUACCCCAGCAAGUACCCCCCUGACCGAGAGUGUGUCUACAUCAUAGAAGCUGCCCCAAGGCAGUGCAUUGAACUCUACUUUGAUGAAAAAUACUCAAUUGAACCAUCUUGGGAGUGCAAAUUUGAUCAUAUUGAAGUUCGAGAUGGACCUUUUGGCUUUUCUCCAAUAAUCGGAAGGUUUUGUGGACAACAGAAUCCACCUGUAAUAAAAUCUAGUGGAAGAUUUCUGUGGAUUAAAUUUUUUGCUGAUGGCGAGUUGGAGUCUAUGGGAUUUUCAGCACGAUAUAAUUUCACACCUGAUCCUGACUUUAAGGACCUUGGAGUUUUGAAACCAUUGCCAGCCUGUGAGUUUGAGAUGGGCGGUCCUGAAGGAAUUGUGGAGUCCAUACAGAUUCUGAAGGAAGGCAAAGCUUCGGCCAGUGAAGCCGUGGAUUGCAAGUGGUACAUCCGAGCCCCGCCGCGAUCUAAGAUUUACUUACGUUUCUUGGACUAUGAGAUGCAGAAUUCAAAUGAAUGCAAGAGGAACUUUGUGGCGGUGUAUGAUGGGAGCAGCUCCGUGGAGGACUUGAAGGCCAAGUUCUGCAGCACGGUGGCUAAUGACGUGAUGCUGCGCACAGGCCUGGGGGUGAUCCGCAUGUGGGCAGACGAGGGCAGUCGCAACAGCAGGUUUCAGAUGCUCUUCACAUCCUUCCAAGAACCUCCCUGUGAAGGCAACACGUUCUUCUGCCACAGCAACAUGUGUAUUAAUAACACGCUUGUCUGCAAUGGUCUCCAGAACUGUGUGUAUCCCUGGGAUGAAAAUCACUGUAAAGAAAAGAGGAAAACCAGCCUGCUGGAUCAGCUGACCAACACCAGUGGGACGGUCAUUGGCGUGACUUCCUGCAUUGUGAUCAUCCUUAUUAUCAUUUCUGUCAUUGUACAGAUCAAACAGCCUCGUAAAAAAUACGUCCAAAGGAAGUCAGACUUUGACCAGACCGUUUUCCAGGAGGUGUUUGAGCCUCCUCACUAUGAGUUAUGCACGCUCAGAGGAACCGGAGCAACGGCUGACUUUCCAGAUGACUUUGAGAGUUACCAUAAACUGCGGAGAUCAUCUUCCAAAUGCAUUCAUGACCAUCACUGUGGAUCCCAACUGUCCAGCGCAAAAGGCAGCCGCAGUAACCUCAGCACAAGGGACGCUUCCAUCUUGGCAGAGAUACCCACCCAGCCAGUCAAGCCCCUCAUCCCGCCCGUGAACAGAAGGAACAUCCUGGUCAUGAAACACAACUACUCCCAAGAUGCUGCAGAUGCCUGUGACAUCGAUGAGAUCGAGGAGGUGCCCACCACAAGCCACAGACUAUCCAGACAUGAGAAAUCCGUCCAGCGGUUCUGCCUCAUUGGGUCUCUAAGCAAACACGAAUCUGAAUACAACACAACUAGGGUCUAAAACGAAAACUCAAGUUUCCUUUCUACUGACUCCUCCCAGUUCCUCGCCAUUUCCCCUCCUAUCAAGAUCCACAGCCGUUCUCUCUCUCCAUAGAAAACGA